AUGAACAUUGUUGGUCCAGCAGGUGCUUCAGCUACUGCUUUUUCUUAUCAAACACCUUCAUCGUCACCCACUACCUUACAGUAUUCAAGAGCCACAACAGACAGUCUUCCUUCCACAAGUGCUGCGGUAACAAAUGUGGAGCAGCCAGAGCCUUACUUUACUACACGUUCAUCACAGAGUGGGAGUGGGAGAUUUUCAGACAAGAUAUCACGUCAAACAUCUGCUUCAUCUGCCACACCAUUACAUCUUGCAGGAUUGGCCGGUGAGAUACACCCUUCUCCCACUCAUACAGCAGAGCUGAUGCUGUCUGGAGGUCUGCCCAUGAACCGAAGACGUGCAGGAGCAUCACCUGAAGCCCAGCAUGUCACCAUGAGAGGAACUAUCACCAGAGGCAACAGUGUGGGCCAGCCAGUUAAGGUUCAGCUUGAUUUGACGGAGACUGAAUUUCUUCGUCUGACCUCACAAGAACCACAGAUAAAAGAAGAUUUCAAGUGUGGGUGUGGGCGCAGCCGCGGCCCACACAUCAUUCUCUGGUCUCUUUUAUGUAUACCAGUGGCCAUCGCCAUUUCUUUGUGUAUUGCCUUUUACAAUGGCGCAAUGGCCUGGUAUAAUUUGAUUAUAUACUUCAGCGAAGAGAGGACAGUCUUCCACAAAGUGGUCUUGUGUCCGGUGAUCAUUUUAACUUUUCCUGUGACGGUGGGUGUUUCUGCUUUACUGAUAUCUGUGGUUGCCGCAGCAAUGCAGAUUUCCUGGUCGUGGCAUCGAUGGCUGGCAGAGAUUCAUGACGGGGAGAAGGGUUUCUAUGGUUGGUUCUGUGGUCAGAUAGGCCUUCCUGCGUGCUCUCCUUACCAAGUUGUAGUGCUGGAUAGUAGUGGUGUCUAA